GGCCGCUGACUUCACUCGCCUGACUUCAGUUCGAAUUUGGUAUUGCAGAUUUUCUUUCUUUCUUUGCACCCGCUUUUACAUAGACCAGUUGCCUUUGAACCUUCCUCGCUAUCCGCCCGCCAUGAGCAACUCUCCGAAUCGUUUCGACCACCCGCCUCUCACGCCACAAUUCUGCUUCUCGACCAGCGCACUGAAAGAUUUCCUCCGCGCCUCCCGCUCCACGAUAGAUGAUACCAUCAGCCAAAACCUAAACGCGUUAUCCACUCCAGCUAGCCACAGAUUCAACCCCUCGUCGACCGCAAACCGCGCAUCUCCACCAGUGUCACGGACACUCGACCCGGGGAAAUGUGUCUCGUUCACAUACAACGUACUGUUGCCCUCGUGGCAGAGCCGCUCUGACGUGCUGAACUACUGCGCGUCCGUCGCUACAUCAGACGACCCCGAUGAUCCGGAUAUACUCGCCGAGAAGGCGGCGGAUCGGGAGAGGAUUGUUAAUGAAAGGCUGGAUCCGUACUCUGGGAGGUUUUUCCCGAGGGAGACGAGAACGGAGAUACUUGCUGGCGUUGUGAGGAAUGAGAGGAUGGUAGAGUCCAUUGUGAGGGAGCGCACGUGGAGGAUUGUUAAUGAGCGCUGUGGCGAAAGCGGUGAGAACUGGCAGGAGGUGUUGAAUUCUUGGAGGGAAGCGAGGGGGAGUUCAUGAUAGCGAGGGGGAGUUCAUGAUAGCGAGGGGGAAGCCGCGUGGAUUCGCUUGUUGGUUAGAUGGGUGUUUGAAAGCGGGCAUGCAUAUAAGUUUACUCUCAGCUCUUGUAUAAUACUUGUCCUACAUAUUAGAAUCGCUACAGAAUCUGUUACGGCACAAUUCAAUUGUGUCAGCUGUUCCGAGACCAGCGUGGUGUCUACGUGGAGUUUAAAGUUCACAAUGACAAUGACAAUAGCGAC